CCCCAUACUGCAUAAAUAACUCUCUCUCGCACAAGCACUAACUUGUACUACUACUAGUGGUGCUCUUUCUCUUCCCUAUCUAUCAUCGCUGUUUUCGUCUCUUUCUGCACUGCACCGCACCGCCCACGCUAAAUCCUGCAGAUUUAUUAAUCUUUUGGCUUUUAUUUCUUUUUGUGUGAGCAGAGUAGAGUUUGAGGCCUGAGCUCUGAGCGCUGAGUCUGAGAGGGAGGACCCCUUUUUUUUUGGGAAACAAAUUAAUGGCUUUUUCAUUCAGGAUCAGGAUCAGGAUCAGGAUCAUCCUACUACUCUUCUAUCUCUUUCUUUCUCAAAUCACCCUUUCUUUUUCCGCCAAGGUUUUUGUAGUGUAUAUGGGAAGCAAAACUGGUGAAGAAGACCCAGAGGAGACUCUUACCCAACACCAUGAAAUACUUGCUGCUGUUCACGCUGGAAACAUGGAGCAAGCACAGGCAUCUCACGUUUACAGCUACACACAUGGUUUCACUGGCUUUGCCGCCAAGUUGACCCAACACCAAGCUUCCCAGAUUUCUAAGAUGCCGGGAGUGGUUUCGGUGUUUCCUAAUUUGAAAAGAAGACUACACACCACGCAUUCGUGGGAUUUCAUGGGUCUUGUGGGCGAGGAAACCAUGGAGAUUCCUGGGUUUUCUACCAAGAACCAGGUCAAUGUCAUUGUUGGUUUCAUUGAUACCGCAGGAAUUUGGCCUGAAUCCCCAAGUUUUAGUGAUGCCGACAUGCCUCCAGUGCCUUCUAGAUGGAAGGGGCAAUGCCAAUCAGGAGAAGCAUUCAAUGCUUCAUCUUGCAACAGGAAACUGAUUGGAGCAAGAUACUAUUUUAGUGGCUAUGAAGCAGAAGAAGAAGAAGAAGAAGAAGAAGCAGUGAACACAGUGUCAUUCAGAUCUCCCAGGGACAGCUCUGGCCAUGGCAGCCACACAACCUCAACAGCUGCUGGUCGCUAUGUGAAAAACAUGAAUUAUAAGGGGCUGGCAGCUGGAGGAGCUAGAGGAGGUGCACCAAUGGCCAGGAUUGCAGUAUAUAAGACAUGUUGGGACUCAGGUUGCUAUGAUGUUGACUUACUAGCUGCCUUUGAUGAUGCAAUUAGAGAUGGGGUUCACAUCUUGUCUCUGUCUUUGGGUCCUGAUGCUCCCCAGGGAGACUAUUUCAAUGAUGCCAUCUCUGUGGGGUCAUUUCAUGCUGCCACCCAUGGGAUUUUGGUAGUUGCUUCAGUUGGAAAUGAAGGAAACCAAGGUUCUGCAACAAAUCUUGCUCCGUGGAUGAUAACUGUUGCUGCUAGUUCAACAGACAGGGAUUUCUCUUCUGAUAUCGUGUUAGGAGAUGGUACCAAUUUCACGGGUGAAAGUCUCAGUCUCUUUAAAAUGAAUGCCUCCGCGAGGAUCAUUUCUGCCUCUGAAGCCUUUGCAGGAUAUUUCACUCCUUAUCAAUCCAGUUACUGCUUGGAGAGUUCCUUAAAUAGAACAAAGGCCAGAGGGAAGGUUCUAGUCUGUCAACAUGUAGAGAGUUCAAUGGAGUCAAAGCUGGAAAAGAGUGUUGUGGUGAAAGAAGCUGGCGGAGUUGGGAUGAUACUUGUUGAUGAGGCAGAUAAGGAUGUCGCCAUCCCCUUUGAGAUCCCUGCAGCUAUUGUUGGGAGGGGAACAGGAGAUCAGAUUCUUGCCUAUGUUAAUCGCACACGCAAACCAGUGUCUAGGAUUUUCCCUGCGAAGACUAUAUUGGGGUCCCAACCUGCACCUCGUGUUGCAGCAUUUUCUUCAAAAGGUCCCAAUGCCUUGACCCCAGAAAUUUUGAAGCCUGAUGUCACAGCUCCUGGAUUGAACAUCCUUGCUGCCUGGUCACCAGCAGUUGGAAAAUUGCAAUUCAACAUUCUCUCUGGGACUUCCAUGUCUUGCCCGCAUGUAACAGGAAUUGCUACCUUGAUCAAAGCUGUUCAUCCUUCAUGGUCUCCAUCUGCUAUUAAAUCUGCCAUCAUGACAACUGCUACUACUCUGGAUAAGCAUCACAAACCAAUCAUAGUGGAUUCUGAAGGAAGAAGGGGUAAUGCAUUUGAUUAUGGGUCUGGAUUUGUGAACCCAAUGAGAGUCCUUGAUCCAGGUCUCGUCUAUGACGCUCAUCCGAGGGAUUAUAUUUCGUUCCUCUGUUCGAUUGGUUAUGAUAAGAAGUCAUUGCAUUUGAUCACAAGAGACAACAGCACAUGCCAUGAAACAUUAUUCAGAACACCAUCCGCCCUGAACUAUCCUUCUAUCACAGUGCCCAAUCUCAAUGACAACUUCUCAGUGACUCGAACUGUGACAAAUGUUGGGAAACCAAAAAGUAUUUAUAAAGCUGUAGUUUCUUCUCCCAUUGGAAUUAAUGUCACUGUUGUACCAAACCGAUUAAUCUUCAACCACUUUGGCCAGAAGAUCAAGUUCAGUGUGAAUUUCAAGGUGGCUGCUGCUGCUGCUGCUACAUCAAAAGGCUAUGCUUUUGGGUCCUUAUCAUGGAGAAACAAAAAAUCACAGGUUACCAGCCCUCUGGUUGUCCGGGUUGCACCCUCCAACAUGGGAUUGAUGAGAUAAUGGCAGUUGAACUGUAUAAAAAUAGAUUAGGAGUUUGCAAUUCCUUAUAGAUAAAACAACCAAACCUACAGGAAUGAAAAUGCUGAGAAGCAAGUGAAGUGAAGAUUGAUGUUCGCUAUUACCUCAUGUUAUAUGUCUAGAGAUGGCUGAGUAAUGGAACUAGUGUCAUGUCAUUUUUCCAACAAUUAACUAACGGUACAAUGGCAGAUUAUGGAACAAGAUAUGGUUUUACUUUUUCCCCCUUCUUCUCUCUGCAACGUGGUUAUCAACUUAUCGUGAUGCCAUAGAUCCUUUUUCCGUAAUUAAAUGUAAAAUUUAUGUAUAGCACUGGACCUUGAUGCAUUUGGCAUACAAGAAUGCGAUGUAGUCCCUUGAUGACAAAAUACAUAAAGCAGUUAAUUGUUUUUUGUAUUUUA